AUGUGGACUACAUACAGGGCGAGAGGCGCCUUCUUAUUGACGCUGCUUAUAUCUACCGAACUGUCAGAUGGCUCUGUGGUCGUCAGCACCGUGGAAGGAAAAGUACGUGGCCUACGUGAAAAUGUUCUUGGAAGAGACGUAGAAGUAUUCCUCGGAAUUCCGUAUGCUGCACCACCCGUCGGAGAACUUCGGUUCCUCAAGCCUCAACCGGUAUCAACGUGGGACAAUGUAUAUAACGCAACGACCGUCAAAGAUUCCUGCAUGCAACCGAGAGUUCCCUGGGUAUUCGAUAUCCCGACAGCUCUCUCCGAAGACUGCUUGCAUUUAAACGUGUGGACGCCACAAGCGUCGGAGUCGACGAAGCUCCCAGUCCUAGUGUGGUUUUACGGCGGAAUUUUCAAACUAGGAUCCGCGUAUGAGACCAGAUACAACGCUGCCCCCUUGGUCGCACUCAACGAUGUGGUCGUCGUGUCGUGUAACUUUCGCUCGGGAAUGUUCGGCUUUCUAGACGCGAAUAACGAAGGGGCACCCGGAAACGUUGGCCUCUGGGACCAGGUGAUGGUGAUGAAAUGGGUUCAGCGAAACAUCAGAGCCUUUGGCGGAGAUCCGCAACUCAUCACGCUAUUUGGCGAGAGCUCGGGGUCCAUGGCCAUUCACUUGCAUCUCAUGUCGCCCUCUAGCGCCGGUCUCUUUCGUCGCGCGUUCUUUAUGAGCGGCACUGAGAGCACCGACAUGGACGUCAACUCUGUCGACGAAAGCAUUAACACUGGCAGUGCCGUCGCCGAAGUGCUCGGAUGUACGAAUCCUUUGCAGGACCUGACCACUGAUCCAGAUGACGUGCUGCAGUGCCUCCGAAAGUCGUCGGCCAGCGACAUCGCUGAAGCCACGGAAAAUGUCACGUCGCCGAACGUGCUUGCAUUUCUGCCAACGUUCAACACCGAAUUUGUGCCGUACUUGCCUUCGAUUGCUACAGAAAAGGGGCUCUUUCGUGUUGUCGAUGCGAUGGUUUCCGUAGUGAAGAAUGAGGGCGCGUUUGCCUUCGUCAUGCAACCCGACAGGGAGCUCCUUAAAGACGACCUGUCGUGGUAUGAAUGGGAAGAAUUCGUACCAGCCGUCGAAGCUGUAGUGGGGGAAUUUGUGAAAAAACGUAUUUUUCCCACAGCCCUCGACUACUUGGAAAAUGCCCAAGCGAAAGACAAGGCAGCGUUCAGGCAAGCAGCAGCAGACUUUGUCGGAAAGAGUCACUUUUACUGCUCCAGCAGGGUGUUUGUUGAGAAUGACUCGGCUAGAAAUGGUCAAGCUUACGGCAUCAUAUUCGCACAUCGAUCUCGCAAGUCGACACUUCCGAAAUGGACUGAAGUGGUACACAUGACGGAGAUUCCAUACUUCUUCGGAAUACCCUUCUUGGACUCUGUUAAUUACGAUGAAGAAGACCGAGAGGUUAGCGCAGGGGCCAUGAGGAUACUAACUUCGUUUGCUCGAGAUGGGUGA